GAUGGAAAUUUUGUGUUUGCUCAGUAAAAGUUCAGACAUGCAGGAGAAACAGCUCGCCUGCGCGUGCAGCACCGUAACUUACAGCGCGAGCACCACAGUUACAGCGCGCGCACGGCACUUACAGCGCGCGCACCAGAGUCGCAGCAGUGCGGGAGUUAUGUAGGAAAGGACCAGGAAGGCAGAUUCAAACAAUCAGCAGAUAAUGAGGAAGUUCUACAGAACAUUAUCGUUGUAAUCAUCACCAUCAUCAUAAGCACAAACACAAAGUUGUCAUGACAGAACCUAAUCCAGUGGUUCCUGCUGUCGUUCCACCACCACCGCCACCUCCACUGCCACCGCCACCGCCACCCCCAGUCUUGGUAAAUUCUACUUCCCGUUCUGCACCAGGAUCUGGACGAUUACGGAGUGUGUUCUGGGAGCGCAUCCCUCAGGAGCGAGUGAAGGGUCGACGCAGUGUCUGGACAAAGUCAGACGAGUAUUUAAUUGACUUUACAUCACUGGAUGAGCUUUUUGGCCAGCAGCAGGGUAAUAAGGGAAAAGAGAUCCGGGUCAAAAGUCUCCAUGGCCAAGAAAAACACACAAACACACUUCGAAAGAACACACUGGACAAGAUUUCUAUUCUGGAGGGGAACCGGAAGUUGAAAGUUGGGAUUUUUCUGCAUCAUUUUAAAAGUACUCUGGGAGAGAUCAUUAAUGAUAUAAGAGAGGGGCGUGGCCAGAAUUAUGGCAGCGAGAAACUCAACGAACUCUUCAAACUACUACCUGACCCUGAUGAGGAACAGCUCCUGAGGGCAUUCAGAGGUGAGCGCAGUCAGCUGGAAGAGGCUGAUCUCUUCUUACUCCACCUUGUGGAAAUCCCAAGUUUCAGACUGCGUUUAGAAGCUAUGAUUCUGCAGGAGGACUUUGAGUGUGCUGUGUCCACUGUGUCUACAUCAGCUCAAUGCUUAGUGUGUGCAGCUACAGAGCUGAUGGGUUGUGUUGAGCUCCACUUCAUCCUGCGUUUGGUGCUGAAAGCUGGAAACUACAUGAAUGCUGGUGGGUUUGCUGGAAACGCAGCAGGCUUCCGGAUCGCCUCCCUGUUGAAGUUAUCAGAUACUAAAGCGAACCGUCCUGGCAUGAAUCUUCUGCACUUUGUAGCCAUGGAAGCAGUAAAGAAAGAUCCAUUAAUCUUCUCCUACCACCUCAAACUCAGCCACGUGGGACCAGCUUCCAGGUUAUCAGUGGAGGUGGUUCUGGAAGAGUUUAGUGAGCUGCAGUGCAGAGUUGCCGCCCUAAAGGAAAGAGUGAGAACUACAUCUGAUCUGCUCAUACAGAUCACACCUUUCCUUCAGGCUGCAGAACUGAAGUUAUCUGAGGUGCAGUUGGAUGUGGACUCCAUGGUGAAAGCCCAACAGUCCCUGUUGGAGUUCUUCUGUGAGGAUGAUGACGGGUCCUUUAAGCUGGAGGAAGCAUGCAGUACACUUCACAUCUUCAACCAGCGCUUUCACAGAGCUGCACAGGAGAAUAUGUUGCGAGAGCAGCAGUAUCAGAGGCGCUUGGAGAGAGAGCACAUGGAAAGACAGAGGGUGUUAAAACGCCGCUCGAUCGCCUCCUGCUCCAUCCUGGAGGCGGGAUUAGAGUGCAAUGAUGGCAGUUUAGAGAUGAUCCUGGAAGCUUCUGUGACAUCACCGAGGAGGCGGAGCCAGUGGUCAACACUUGGCCGCCAGACUCUGCAACGCCCAUCUUUAUUCAGCUUGACAGAAACAACAGCAGAAAAAACAAACCUGAUGAAAUGUGAGGUGGAAAAAUGCACUGAUGUUCCUGACAGUGGCGCUGCAGUGGAGAUUCGGACAGAGACCCCGCCCAACUCUAAGCUGACCGAAGCGAAGCGCCUUGCCCACUCUGCCAUCCAGCCCCAGAAUCAGACACUUGGUUCAGGACUCCGCCCACAGGUGGGCGAAAAACACACGCUAGUCUCCCCCCUUCAGUCCUACAGCAGCUUAGCCCCACCCUGUGCAGAGGAAGAGAGGAAAGGGAGGAAACCAGCAGUAAAAGGAAAGUCAAAGGAGAUGCAACAAGAAGUACAGAAUUUGGCAUCAUCUGAGGUGGGAGAAAAGAAGACAGGAAAUCUCAAAGAGCGAACAAUGAAGGACAUGAAACCUGCCAAUCAGAGCCAGAACAGGACACGCAUUGCCACGCCCCCUCUUAGAGCAUCCCACCUACCAUUGCUCCAGACUGGCUUGCGACCUCUCCCAUCUGGCCAAUCUGUAACUGCGGUUGGGACUUCAAAGGAGGAGGGAUCAGUUCGAAAAACGCAAAGAGCUAAAAUUCCACAGUCACUGAAACGACUGCUGGACAGGACAUCAUCCAGCAAAAAAGAGCGAGAGAAGAAAGAGGGAGAAAAAGAGGUGAAAGAGAAAACAAAGACUGAGACCAACGACAAACAGCGUGAGAGGAGAGAGAGAGAGAAGGAGAAGAAUAAGAGAGAGCAAGAGAAGCAGCAGGAAAAAGAGAGACAGAAGAGAGAGAAAGAAAUAAAGGAGAGAGAGAAGAAAAGAGUAAAGUCAGAGAAGGAAAGAGAGAAAACAAAGGUGUGUGAUGUGAAGGAGGGCAGAGUAGAGCGAUCUGCAGGGCCAGGGUCAUCGCUAGCUCUCACUGUGCCUAGUCCUCUGUCCAGGCUAUGUCCGUCUGCGACCCCGUUAGCAUUAGCACUGCACUCUGUGUUAAAACGAGACAGAAAUGGACACACAGUGGCCAGCAGCUCACGCAUACCAUCAACAACCAGCAGAGGAACACAAAGCCAGACACGUUGAAACACACACACAGACAGCUGUAUUGGUUUUAUUGCUAUUCUGGUGAUCCAGUGUUAGCAUAGGCAGUGAUGCUGUGUAGAUUUGGCACAUAAAGGCCUCUGGAGGUAGUUUAUGUGGAGCCUGGCCUCUUACUGUUUCUCCUCUUCUGCCAAAAAAUAUAAUCUCACCAAAAACACUAGAGGGAGCUCCAGAGUUCCUCCUUAUAUAAAAGGAGUUCAACGGUCACUUUUUUUGCCUUUGAGUCUUUGGCAAUGCAGCAAAAAAGGAAAAACACAUCUAAGUUGUCCCUUAAGUUUUUUUUUAUAAAUUUUUAAUUAUAAUGUAAACAACAGUAUGAAAAGUUACUAUUUAAGCGAAGAAUAUAUAAAUAUAUAAAUGAUUUCCAUUCAAAAAUGCAGCUGUGUCAGAAGAUCAUGAUUAUUUUUAAUUCUGAUAGUUCCCGUUCACUGUAUAGUUAUAUCUUUAUUAUAAUAUAGUAAAAUAAUAUGCUUUUAAAAUUAGAAUAUUUUAAUGUGCUGAGUAACUAAGUUUAACAGAGCUUUAACAAAGAAAAUAAAUGCUAAUGUAGAUGCAUAUAUCGUUUUUUUUUUCCGUUUUACAACUUGGAAAGAGGAAACGCUGCGUUUGUAGGUGUGCCCAUGUGAGACAGAGGUAGGUCAGAGAGAGCAUGUGAGAGUUUUCAAUACAGUUACGUGUGACAAAAGUUUGGAGGAAAAUGAAGCGAAGGAAAGUAGUGGCUAGUGGCUGGAUAGAUAGCUUGCUGUAUUAGCGUGUUUGCUAACCGGCCAGCGCGACAACAUAAAUGGCAGCAAACACUCUCACAACAGAAACUUGUAGUUGUAAUGUGGAAUAUGAAAGUUGUAAUAUGGAAGUUGUAAUAUGGAAAAAUAAUAAUAUAUGCAGCUAAAUUAGCAUUUAAUUCCUUCAUGUGAUCCAGUGAUCCAGAUCACAUGAUCAGACCAGGGACAUCCCUAGCAGAAAGAUGCUAAUAUUAUUGCAACUUAAUGCUCAUUGGCUGGAAUUCUGCAAUUAAAGUGCUUAUUGGCUAACAAGCUGAUCAAAAGUUGCAUGUACCAUUUACUGUUGAUUUUGUCUUCUUCUCCACCAUGGAAAAAUUUAAAGGCCAACUUAGAAAGCAAUGAAGGUGUGUUCAUGCACAGCUUCCAAGCUGGGAAGUCAUAUUUUCAUAAUUCUGGGCCCACUUAGGAGUACCCUCUAGUGUCCGACGUAUCAAAACAGUGUUCCACUAUUCUUACAUAUUAAAGAACUCCCUUUUUAAAUAUUGUACUGAACUUUUUUUAUUGGAAAUGUGCAAUUCAGUAUUUUCCUCUAGAGGCUUGGAGGAGCUGAGAUAACACAGAAGAAGCAAACCUAAGACACCAAGCAUGUGAAUUUAGAUUGAAUGAUGAAUAUAAGACUGAUAACAGUAAGUAGGGACUCAAACAGCCAAAGAAAAAGGAAAGAUGGGAAAAGAAAGAGAGGAGAUCGUGUUAAUGUAAGGAUAAACUCAUAGAGACAGAAAGAGAAAGGUAAUGUGCGCUGGAAAGCUCAUGUUUGUAAUGUGAUUUUAGUCUGAAUCAGUUUCAGCUUUUGAUAGUUCUUUAAGAAAUAUCCUAAAGAGUGUGAUGCAUGUUGAUAUAAAAGGAAAGAUUAAGCAAUGUAUUGGCCAUUGUAAUGCAAAUAGCACAGUUUGCAUAUGAAAUAUUUAUAAAGUGUUUAUAAACAUACUGGUUUGUGGAACUUCUGGGUGGAUGACUCAUAUUGUUGCAGUGAAGACGAUUAUUUAAUAUAACAGUAAAUAUAAACAAAAUCAAAGCUGUAACAGUGAUUUAAGCUAUUCCAGCUAUUUAGUGAUUUAACAUGUUAGGGGGUGACAGUAUUUACAGGAGUACAUGUACUGUAUACCCUAUCACUGUGCACUGGAUACCUGGUGCAACAACACUAAUUAGUACCACAUUUCCCCCAAAUUAUUAUUUCUGACUAAACAUGCUUAGUGAUCCCAGCACCAAGAUUGCUAAUAUCAACAAGUCCCACAUAAAAAGCAUCUUUGUCACCAAACUGAAUAUUUAGAUGUUACUAUAUACCUAAUAAAUCACUGAGAGAGUUCUACUUUUAUAUUGUCUUGGUUGACUAUCUGUUCUGUUGUGCAGUGCUAACAAUGUAAUCCACCCAGAAGUACAUUUACUUUUCUUGUGACUGAAUGCUGAUGUGUACUGUAGCUUUAUCUAUUGGUAAUAAGCUUUAAAUAGUGAAGAGGAAUUGUUCAAGAGCUGUCAGUAUUUUCUGUGAAUUCAAGACGUUAUUACUGCCUAUUUGAUACUAUUUUAAAAGUAUAAAUCUCAGGUAUUUCACAUGUAAAUGAUCUGUAAUAUUCUCAAUGAAAUAAACUGCAUAAUCAUCUA